AUGACCUUCAAAGUCAUCAUCGUGGGUGGCGGCCCUGUUGGGCUCUACAUGGCCCACGCCUUUGAGCGGGCCAACAUCGACUAUGUGAUACUAGAACAACAAGACACCGUCCUGAACAUCUCGGGGCAGCUUCUCUUCACCUGGCCCCAGACAGUACGCCUCUUCGACCAAAUCGGCCUCCUCGCGGACCUUGAAAAUGUCGCUUUAGGUAUCCACCACAAGAAGCGUCUCUUCGGCGACAAUGGCCAAGUAACCACCACCAGCAACUUCUGGGAUGCCAUGCAGGACAACCACGGCUACCCCUUUCUUCCCCUCCUCCGCUCCGAGCUCGUCAAAAUUCUCUACAACCAUCUCAAAGGCCGGGAAUCCAACAUCCGCGUCAACUCCCGCGUCACCGACAUCCGCCCCCACGCCACCGGCGUGCACGUCCACCUCGCCGACGGCUCCCUCAUCCAGGGCUCCAUCGUCGUCGGCGCCGACGGCGUGCACUCCCGCACGCGGCAAAUCAUGGACUCGCUCGUAGCCCAGCACGCGCUCAACCCGGCGCGUCUGGCCAACAAGCCCAUGGUCUCGACCUUUUACGGCAUUUUCGGCCGGGCGUCCAACGUUGACUUGGGCAUCGAGCCCGAAGUCUUUUUCGAGUCAAGAGGCGGGGGCGGGGAGGGCGGUGCCGUGGUCCAGUGCUUGGCCACCAAGGACAUUGUGCAGUUUGUCACUUUGAAGCCGCUACCCGGUGGUCCGACGAGCGAGCGCAGUCCGCGAUACUCGGACGAAGAAAUGGAUGCGUACGCUGCCUCUCUGGCGGACGUUGCCGUCUGUCCUGGCGUCAAGUUUGGUGAUGUGUGGGCCAAGGUGCAGAGGAAGUCGACGAGGAUGUUGAACCAGGAGGAAGGCUUUCUCGAUAACUGGUUCUUUGAUCGCAUUGUGUUGGUAGGCGAUGCGGUGCAUAAGAGUACGAGUGUUAAUGGGCUGGGGAUGACGUGUGGGUUGCACUCGGGAGCUGUGUUGGCUAAUGAGUUGCACUCUCUCCUUUCUCGGCAGCGUGAAAAGGAGGAGGAGCCGUCGACGGAGGAGUUGGAGGGUGCCUUCGGAAGGUAUCAGGAGGAUCGAAAGACCGAGGUCAAGCCGAUUUGGAAUGGUGGACAUGCGAUGAUUAGGGAGGUGGUGAAGAAGGGAUGGGUCAGCUGGUUCUGGGAUCGGUUCGUCCUGCCGUGGUGCGAUAUGGAGACUUUUGCAAAGGGCUUGUUGGUUUCGGUGUUGCUGAUUAGGCAGGGACAGAUUUUAAGGUUUGUGCCGUUUGAGGGGAGGGGUGGGAGGGUGCCGUGGGCUAGGAAAGUUGUUGUUUAA